AUGUGGUUGACUUACAGGAAAACAAGUGAACAUGACGUAUGUCAAGUUUCUGAUUUUAGCACCUGUCUACUGGGAAACAUCAGACCCCUUAGAGUCAGCCUGUUUUGCGGGACAGAUCGUACUGUCACAGGUAAACCUUCUACACUCACUUCACACACUCCAAGUGCCACUUCUACAUCCACAAUUCCAGAUGCAUCUCGUAGGUUGGGAACCUCAAGUUCAUCUGGUACUUCAGGAAUUAACAACAGUACUCAUGCUUCUGGUAUUUUAAAUGAUGCUCAUAUUUCACAAAUUCCCACAUCUGAUCUACUAUCAUCAUUGCCAUCCAGCUUAGACAGAAACUAUCUCAACUUUCCGUUCCUAACAGACAGAAAAACUUUCAACUACCUCAAUGAGAAAUGCACAAAGGUUAUGUUUAUAAUGAGAGGUCUCUCUGGGUCAGGAAAGUCGUCAAUAGCCAGAAUGAUAAAGUCAGCAUUCAAGCAUGUUGUCAUUUGUUCAGCUGAUGAUUUUUUUUAUAGACCAGGUGGAAUAUAUGUGUUUGAUGAGGCACUGCUCGGGGCCGCCCAUGAAACCUGCCAGAAGAAAGCUAAGAAGGCAUGUUUGGGCCAGGUCCCGAUAGUAGUCAUUGACAACACCAACGUCAGAAGGUGGGAGCUUCGGUUUUACACGGCACUAGCAAACAGCACUGGCUACGUAACUGUUCUGGUGGAGCCUAAAACACCAUGGCGAUGGAAUGCUGCAGACCUGGCUGCAAGAAGUCUGCAUGGAGUGUCAGCAGAAGUCUUAGAGAGAAAGAUCGCCAUGUUUGAUGAUGUGAUACCUCUCUACUACGGCUGGUUUCCAAAUAAGACGCAUUCACAUCAUCUCAUCAGGCUGUGUUUGAAAUCCUUCGGAGAGUGUUUAUCAAAACUACCAGACUUCAAGAGGGACUUAGCCAAGGAAUUUAGAAUACAAUCAGAGAGUACUGAUGAAGAAAUUACCAAGGGAAUUCUGUCAGCAUACAGUGAAGGCACCAGCAGUCCUCUUCUACAUUGUACUUCCAAAUUUUGUGCACGAGGGAAGGUUCCCGAGGCUGGCCAGUAUCACCAGAGGUCAGACGUCCAGCAAGCUUGUGGCAGGAUGUUUGUUCUUCAGGUCGCUGGUUUGGUAUUUACACACAAGUCUGUAGGGGCCAGAGUCAGUUUAAGACCUUCAGAGUCUGCCUUGUUCUCUCGUCCUGAAGAGACAGACUGGGACUUGAACAAGAGUUCAGCUUCUCAGACAGAACAAAAAGCUUCCAAACAAGACUUGGUAAAUGAUUCAUUGGAAGACUAUUAUGAGAUGCUUGCAAACGGUAACAGAAAGGACAAGAAAAACCCAUCCAGGUUCCUGAAAAAACAGCAGAGAAAACAGAAACAGGCCCUUAAACAGGGGAAGCCUGUUGAGGGUGAUUCUGUGAUGGAGAAAAAUGGCAGAGUCCAUAUUCCAGACUUAGAGGUUAGUCAGCUUGAAACUGCAGCCGAUGAAUCAGGGAUUAGUAAGGCAGAUGAAGUUGUGUCUUUGGCUGAACUGUUUCCCAGUCUCAACUUUUUCAAAAGUUCACGUAGUGCCCACUUUACCAUUAAAACAGCAAGGGGUGUCGAGUCACGAGAGGUGAACUUUGACAUCCUUCAUGCUUGUGAUGUAGAGGGAGCCACCAGUUAUACAAAAUCCAGUUUUGUCCCAGUUUCACAUGGCCAUGCCUGUUACUAUGGUGACAGUUUGUGCUGUGUCUACUUUGAAAAGCCUCUGCAUGUCCGGACAUUAUUUUCUGGUUACUACUAA